ACGGUACAUUUCGAAAAACAAAAAAAUUGCACUUUUUGCAAAUUGGUUGCGUUUGUUUUUUUUACAGCGAAGAAAGACAAAAUCCUAAGCAGGAUGGCCUUAAAAAUAGAUGAAAUUAUGGACUUGUCCUUGGAUGAUUACAUUGCCAUUUCGAAAAAGUCCUCAAAUAAUAAUGCGGUUACAAACCAUAGCAAACAUGAAAUGAACAACACGCUUAACUAUAGCAUUGAUGCUAAGUUUGGUCGCCGAAAAGGCAAUAUAGAUGACGAGGAGGAAGAUGAAGAUGAACUUUUGAUUACAACAACUAAAGAAGAAUUAAAUGAGGAUGUGGCUAUAGAGGAAAUCGACACGGGCAUUUGGAAGGGUCCCGAUUCGUCUGUAUCCUAUUUAGAUUGUAAUUCUCAACAAAAUGAUCUAAGGGAUAAACUAAAUAACAGUAAUAAUAGAAAUGGCAAUCAACAAGUCAGCUCGGUGCAAUAUCGCAUGAUGGCACCGAAUAAUGCGGCCAAUAGACCACGUGGUAUUCCUACACUACUGCCAUUAGAUGUACAGGUGAACAAUAACAGAAGCUGGAUAAAUAAUAGAAACAAUAAAAAAGGUAAUCGAGGAGGAAAUCGUGGUUAUAAUAAUUUUCGAAGAGGAUUUAACAAUAAUAGUGGCAACAACUUUAAUGAAUCCAAUGCUAGUUUUGGUCUAGGAGGUGUUAUUAAUGGUCGUAUACAAAGAAAUCGUAAACAGGAUUUUGAAAGCAAAAAUCUUCGUUUCUCUGUUGCUAGAAACAAUAGCAAUAACAACCCGAAUCAAAAUUCUAACAUUGGCAUACAUAAGCCGGCACAAAACAUGAUUAUUGAAACUCCCAGUAAUUAUAUAAAUCUAGUGCCUAGUCCACCAUUAAAUUCUAGUUUUAAAAUUCCCCAUCAUUCAACACCCAAUCGCAAUAAUAACAAUAGUAGUGGCUCACAAUCAUUUCCAAUUGGCAAUUUAACUCCCCAAGCUGAAGCAGCUUUAAAUUUAAAUUCCUGUGGCAUUCCAGCUGUAUCACCUACUGGCGGCAGUAAUGAAAGUCUAAAGAGUUUGUUGGGUUUUCAGGGAAAUGUUUCGGGUGAAAUGAUGCCAGUAUUUGCUUCGCGUUUAAUGGAUUUCCUUCAAAAUGGUUUACAAAAUCCAGCCGUUCAUAAACCGGUGUAUGAUAUGAAAAUUCAAAAGGAUAUACAUGAAAUACAGAAAAAACCUCUACUUUAUAAAUGCCCUGGCGGUGAAGUUGUUAGUUCUGAUGGUGCUGGUGUAAAUUGUAAAAUUAUACCCCGCACUAGUGGUGUAUCAUUAAAUUGUCGCUUUGCUUAAGGUAACGUCUCAUGUUUGAAAGUUUUGAUACUUGAAUGAAUUUCUUGUUUUAUUAUUUUCUUAAUUUUAUUUAUAACUGAAGAUUUUUUUACGAACAAAACAUUUUUUUAUAUAAAUGCUCGAUGCAUUUUAAAGUAUAUAAUUCAAAAAAAGUAUAACUGUAAGAAAUACAAUUGAAUUGAAUCUAAAAUUAA